AUGUCUAAUGAAGUUGAUAGUAAACCAGUAUCCACUAUGGACGGGGAAAAGUAUCUUAUAUUGCGUACUAAUUCCACAUUGGAUCUUUAUGAUUCUGUACUUACUGAUAUUGAGAGGCAAUUUAUAGCAGGCUAUUUAAUAUGUAUAGGCGAAGUUUCAACAAAGACGAGUCGUCAUUUUAACAUUCAAACACGGAUAAUUCUUAAAACACAUGGAUUUGAAGACCCAAAUUAUAUAGCUGUGAACGCUAUUACCGUUACUGAGAAAACAAGGAAGAACGGGUGGGAUCAUUUUGUGAUGUUUAUAACGGCGUCGCCCACAUGGAAUUCGCCAUUGUUGUCGUAUAGUACAUUAGACAUUGGUAAAGACGUUAUCAAUACCACAAUUUAUUUCCCUAUAAAUGUGACAGUAAAAUGCAAUAGAAUCAUUAGUUAA